ACAGAUCCUCAGUUCAUUCCGGAAUACAAAAUAAAAAUAAUCCUGCCACCCUGCCCGGUAUAGAAAUCACAACCCGCUGCCAACGAGACCUCCACCAACUCGCAUUCCGCCGCCAGCAUGGGCAAAUGGCAACACACCAAAUACGACAAGGAACUUGCCUCAAAAUUCCAGUGUCUCUUGUGCGUGUCUUUGCCGCCCUCGAAACAUGCCAGACAGCUGACUGGCUAUAUCAGCGAGGCUACAGAGAACCGUGACAGACGGAGGAAGGGGCACAGCAAGGGUGCGGUCUCAGACCGAGCCUUUCGCCUCUUUGUCCAAGAACUCGACCCAAAUGACGCCGCUACCCAAGACUGGUUUCUGGAGCUCCUCAGGCGCAUGCGCAAGCCUUCGAGACGGCCGCACUCAUUAGGACGCUCGCAAAAUCCAGAAACGUUCUUGCAUGAUGCUGGCGAAUGGAUGAUGAGCCCCAGUCCUCCAUUGAGCCUGGAGGAAGAUGACCAGUCCGAGGCCGGGUCUCGGUCAAUACAAGAUUAUACCCAAGGCCCCAUAGCUGUUCCUUCCUCUAGCCGAUUCCCCUCUCCAGAGCGUCGGCAGCGAAUGGCAGUCCCUGGCGAGCCUUCAUCUUCCAAUGCUCGAGGAAGCGGAGGGUGGCGAUUCGCCCCCUUUGUCCCGCACGCUUCGAGGGACAUAAGUCGCCUUGUCAGAUCACCGCUGGGCGAUCAAAGAGAUCACGAUACUGCUUCCGCUCCCGGCGGACCUUUGAGACGGGAGAGAAGUCCGCCGGUGUCUGAUGCGAGCUUAUCGUGGCUGGCAGGCUACAAUCGAAACGCGCCCUCCUCCGACCCACGUCCUCUCCGCCCCCUUCCCGUUCGUAGCACCACCAACCGUCCUCCCAUCAUGUUUCCCCGGAAUACACGCGACCUCCGCGGCCCUCUCUCCCGUAGCGGACAAUCCAGCCGGACGGCCUCGCCCUCCGGUGCGCUUCGUUCCACGCAUGAUGCUUUGGUCGGGAACGGUUCCCACCGAGAUUCCCACCGAGCUCAACCCGGCCCCAGCAGUCAGUCCUCAGAUACCGAUCUCCGAGCCAUGUCUGACCACCUUGCCACAGCUCUCCGUCGUAGACGCACGCACGACGAGGUUGACGGUGCCCAAGCUGAGCCCCGAACGAAUGGGCGCCAGCGAACAGACGGGCCAUCGGGGCGCAUCGAGCAGGAGUGGCGGGUGGAUGAUGAUGCUUGGAGAGCAGCGGAGGCCGAAGCGGAAGGCGGGGGGAGGGAUACGAGGAGGGAUGGUGUGGUGUUUGACACGGCAGACAUGCUCGGAGAGGAUGGAGAAAAUGCCAGAGAUGUAGAGGAGGGCGGGAAUACGUUCUGGGUGGUGGACGAGGAUUGGGAGGAUACGGGCAUGCCGUAUCCUACCCGAGAGAGGGAUUUUCCACCGCUUGCUUUGUCUCACCUGCUCGACACUUCCCAAUAUGACGACCCAUACCUCCCUGACGAGUAUUAGAUGUCAUCGGCCAAUCCCUUUUCUUGAAAGGGCCUCAAACCCACUUGCAGUUGUAGAUCUUUAUCUUGUCAUCAUCACUUUGUAACCUCUACCCCUCCUUCUUUGUAGUCCUGGUAUUUCCAUGUAAAUAACCUGUCUUCUUGGUCACUGUGGUCAAUAGAAGAGCGCGUUGAAAAAGCAAGCUGCACCUCAACCUUGGAUUUCCCUCCUUUUGGAAUAUUCCAGCGAGCAGCGACAGUGAGC